CACAGUUCAAUUGGAGCAGGCUUGCUGACCUCACAGAUGAAAAUGCUAUUUAAGAUCUGGCAACCAGAUGUUCCACCAGAAAAUAGGCAGCUGCUAGCAGGGAUUUCCAGGUCGCUUCAGCAGUGAAGACAAACGAUUCUAGUAGAAGAUAUGAUUGCAUUUUUCCUCUUUGCCUUGCUCUGGGAUAGAGCUCCUGGCUGGGGAUUCAAGGAUGGAGUUCUACAUAACUCUAUUUGGCUAGAGCGAGCAGCAGGGGUCUACCACAGAGAAGGAAGAACAGGAAAAUACCAACUCACGUACGCAGAGGCCAAAGCAGUAUGUGAAUAUGAAGGAGGACAUCUAGCCACAUAUCAACAGCUGGAAGCUGCAAGAAAAAUAGGGUUCCAUAUGUGUGCUGCUGGCUGGUUAGAGAAGGGAAGAGUUGGCUAUCCCAUUGUAAAACCUGGAAGCAACUGUGGCUUUGGAAAGACGGGGAUCGUGGACUAUGGUUUUCGGCUCAAUCGAAGCGAGAAAUGGGACGCUUACUGUUAUAAUCCCAAUGGAAAAGACUGUGGCGGAGUCUUCACAGAUUCAAAGCACAUUUUUAAAACUCCUGGAUAUCCAAACGAAUAUGAAGAUGAUCAAAUCUGUUAUUGGCACAUAAGAGUGAAAUAUGGCCAGCGGAUUAAUAUUCAGUUUCUCGAUUUUGACCUUGAAGACGAUGAAUCCUGCAUGGCUGAUUAUUUAGAAAUUUAUGACAGUUAUGAUGACGUCAGUGGCUUUGUCGGCAGGUACUGUGGAGAUGAACUUCCAGAUGACAUUGUUAGCACAGGAAAUGUCAUGACUCUAAAAUUUUUGUCUGAUGCUUCAAUAACAGCAGGAGGUUUUCAGAUUCAAUAUACAGCUUUUGAUCCACCCAAAAAGAAUGCUACUCGAGACAACACAAAUUAUUUAGCCGGAAGAUUUGGAAUUAUAUAAAAUAACAUUUGCAUAGAAGAUAGACACAGUGGAUGUGUAUUAAAGGAAUACUCUUCCAUACUCCAACACCUCAAGCUGAAGUUGCUGUUUUUGUCUCCAUGGAUUCCAGUUCACAUGAUCUCAUUUUUUUAUCUUCACGUGACAAAAUCUCAUCACUAAUUUUCAGAGAUACAUAUGUACAUUUGAAAAUUCCCACAAUUUUUUUCUUGUGCCUUAGACUUUUUCUACUGCUGAAAAAUCCACCUCUUUGAUAGCUUUAUUGGGGGUGGUUUUUACAAGUGUUUGUGUAAAUAAGUUGCCUGCCUGCUCCAAAAUUGCUAUGUAUGUCAAAUUGAAGUGUAUGCUGUUAAGCUUUCCUUGAGCCAGAAGAAAUAUUUACUCAUAAAUUCUAUAAUAUCUGUACUGUAUUUGAUGUAUUGUUAAUUUUUUAUACAACAGAUAUGUAUUUUAAAACUUCGAAGCAAUUCCUUUUUUCAAAACCAGGUAACUUUGUUUCCAAAUUCAGGAGACAAAAGUGAUAAGAAAAGUGAAACUAACCUCUUAAUUCAGAAUACAUCCUGAUUUCACUGAUUAUGUGAAACAAUAAAAUGACUGAUACAA